CGGCCGGUUCCGGCUGAAUGUCAGUGCGGGGCUUUGGGUUGGGGAGCAAGGUGCUUGGCAGUCUCUCCACCGCCCCCGCCGCCGCCGGCUGGGCUUGAGAUGUCGCCGCGGACACCGGGCCGCUGGGUGGAUCGGACAUGAAACCGUGAGGCAGGCGACGGGGCUGGUCCGCGGACAUGUUUGGACGCUCACGGAGCUGGGUGGGCGGGGGCCACAGCAAGUCCUCCCGCAACAUCCACUCCUUGGACCACCUGAAGUACUUGUACCAUGUUUUAACAAAAAACACCACUGUCACAGAACAGAACCGGAACCUGCUGGUGGAGACCAUCCGUUCCAUCACUGAGAUCCUGAUUUGGGGCGAUCAAAAUGACAGCUCUGUGUUUGACUUCUUCCUAGAGAAGAAUAUGUUUGUUUUCUUCUUGAACAUUCUGCGGCAGAAAUCAGGCCGUUACGUGUGUGUCCAGCUGCUACAGACCUUGAACAUUCUCUUUGAGAACAUCAGCCACGAGACAUCACUCUAUUAUUUGCUGUCUAAUAACUAUGUAAAUUCGAUCAUUGUCCAUAAAUUCGACUUUUCCGACGAGGAGAUCAUGGCGUAUUACAUAUCGUUCCUGAAAACACUUUCAUUAAAGCUCAACAACCACACUGUCCAUUUCUUUUACAAUGAGCACACCAAUGACUUUGCCCUGUACACAGAAGCCAUCAAGUUCUUCAAUCAUCCCGAAAGCAUGGUUCGAAUUGCCGUGAGAACCAUCACCUUGAACGUCUACAAAGUGUCAUUGGAUAACCAGGCCAUGCUACACUACAUCCGAGACAAAACUGCUGUCCCGUACUUCUCCAAUUUGGUCUGGUUCAUUGGGAGCCACGUGAUCGAACUUGACAACUGUGUGCAGACAGAUGAGGAGCACCGGAAUCGGGGGAAACUGAGUGACCUGGUAGCUGAGCACCUGGACCACCUGCACUAUCUCAAUGACAUCCUGAUCAUUAACUGUGAGUUCCUCAAUGAUGUGCUCACCGACCACCUGCUCAACAGGCUUUUCCUGCCUCUCUACGUGUACUCCCUGGAGAACCCCGACAAGGGAGGAGAACGGCCAAAAAUCAGCCUGCCUGUGUCCCUCUAUCUUCUCUCCCAGGUCUUCCUCAUUAUACAUCACGCCCCGCUGGUGAACUCUCUGGCUGAAGUCAUUCUGAAUGGCGAUUUAUCUGAGACAUACACAAAGCCUGCACAGGAUGUUCCCAGAAGUUCUGCCAAGCCCAGCAUCCGGUGCUUCAUUAAGCCCACUGAGACACUCGAGCGGUCCCUUGAGAUGAACAAGCACAAGGGCAAGAAGCGGAUGCAAAAGAGACCCAACUACAAAAACGUUGGGGAGGAGGAGGACGAGGAGAGAGGGUCUGCUGAAGAUGCCCAGGAAGACGCUGAGAAGACUAAAGGUACAGAGGGUGGUUCAAAAAGCAUGAAGACAAGUGGGGAGCGUGAAGAGAUUGAGAUGGUGAUCAUGAAGCUUGGCAAACUCUCAGAGGUGGCCGCUGCUGGGACCUCAGUGCAGGAGCAGAACACCACAGAUGAGGAGAAGAGCGCCGCCACGAGUGCAGAGAAUGCACAGUGGAGCAGACCCUUCCUGGAUAUGGUGUACCAUGCCCUGGACAGCCCUGACGAUGACUAUCACGCUCUCUUUGUGCUCUGCCUCCUGUAUGCCAUGUCUCAUAACAAAGGCAUGGAUCCUGAAAAACUAAAAAGAAUUCAGCUCCCAGUGCCAAGUGAGGCUGAGAAAACCACCUACAACCAUCUGCUGGCUGAGAGGCUCAUCAGGAUCAUGAACAAUGCUGCCCAGCCAGAUGGCAGGAUCCGGUUGGCUACACUGGAGCUGAGCUGUCUGCUCCUGAAGCAGCAAGUACUGACCAGCUCUGGCUGCGUCAUCAAGGAUGUGCACCUGGCCUGUUUGGAGGGUGCAAGAGAAGAGAGUGUCCACCUUGUACGUCAUUUCUAUAAGGGAGAAGAGAUUUUCUUGGACAUGUUUGAAGAUGAGUACAGGAGCAUGACUAUAAAGCCCAUGAAUGUGGAGUAUCUCAUGAUGGAUGCUUCCAUUCUCCUGCCCCCAACGGGCACUCCACUGACUGGCAUUGACUUUGUGAAGAGGCUGCCAUGUGGUGAUGUGGAGAAGACAAGGCGGGCCAUCCGGGUAUUCUUCAUGCUGCGUUCCCUGUCACUGCAGCUGCGAGGGGAACCUGAGACCCAGUUGCCACUGACUCGGGAGGAGGACCUGAUCAAAACAGAUGAUGUCUUGGAUCUGAAUAACAGUGACUUGAUCGCAUGCACAGUCAUCACCAAGGACGGUGGUAUGGUCCAGCGGUUCCUGGCUGUGGACAUUUACCAGAUGAGCCUGGUGGAGCCUGACGUGUCCAGACUUGGCUGGGGAGUGGUCAAGUUUGCUGGCCUUCUACAGGACAUGCAGGUGACAGGAGUGGAGGAUGACAGCCGUGCCCUGAACAUCACCAUCCACAAGCCUGCCUCCAGCCCGCACUCUAAGCCCUUCCCUAUCCUGCAGGCCACCUUCGUGUUCUCUGAUCACAUCCGCUGCAUUAUUGCCAAGCAGCGCCUGGCCAAGGGCCGCAUCCAGGCCAGGCGCAUGAAGAUGCAGAGGAUAGCCGCCCUCCUGGACCUCCCAAUCCAGCCGACAACAGAAGUCCUGGGAUUUGGACUCUGCUCCUCUUCCUCCUCCCAGCACCUGCCUUUCCGGUUCUAUGAGCAGUGCCGCAGAGGCAGCAGUGACCCGACAGUGCAACGCUCUGUGUUUGCAUCGGUAGACAAGGUGCCAGGCUUUGCUGUGGCCCAGUGCAUAAACCAGCAUAGCUCUCCAUCCCUGUCAUCACCGUCGCCACCGUUUGCCAGUGGGAGCCCUGGUGGCAGUGGGAGCACCAGCCACUGUGACUCAGGAGGCUCUUCCUCUGCACCUUCAGCAACCCAGAGCCCGGCAGUCAGGAGUGGCAGGAAAGGACGCCGGCGUGUGUUCAGCCUGUCGGAGGCCGACAGUCACGGUGGCCACUGGGUUUAGUGCUUCGACCAACAGCUGCCACGGCAACUCACGCACAAUCAAAUCAGAUGCCCCCACGACUCCAGAGCAGCCUCAGCCUCCCCCAGACCAGCCAGUGAUUGGGAAUGAAAUGGACGUCAACUCCAAGGCCAGCAAGAACUCAUCGGCCAGGAGCUCUGAGGGGGAAACAAUGCACCUCUCCCCCAGCCUCCUCCCCGCCCAGCAGCCCACCAUCUCCUUGCUCUACGAGGAUACUGCUGACACACUGAGUGUCGAGUCGCUGACCAUUGUCCCCCCGGUCGAUCCCCACAGCCUCCGAUCCCUCUCUGGCAUCUCCCAGCUCCCCGCACUGCCUGCAGCAGAUACGGAGACCCCAGCUGAGGGUACUGUAAACCCAGAGCCUGCAGAGCCCACAGAGCACUGAAUACGCACCAGAGCUCUUCCUUUGUGUGUGCGGCCCGCUGGUAGGGACCCCCAUGCAUUUUGUGACAGCAAGACACACUGGGAGCACCCACAGUUCUCCGUGGACCUGGAAACUGCCCCCAUACCUCUCCCUACAAGACAACAACCAAGCACUCAUUUGCUCUGACCUCUCGUUGAGCAGGCUGGGAUCCUAGAGAUGGCCUCCUGUGUAGAGACGAUGGCAUUGGCCACCUCAGAGGGGUCUAGGGCCCUGUCCCUGAUGCUGACAGCCACAGGGGGCAGGGCCCACUGGCACCCUCCUUCAGGCAGCUCCUUUGUCUUCUCUCCCAGUGUGCACAGAAGUGGACAAGGUUACUGUGGAUAGAAACCUGUGGAGAAGCAAACCCAGACAAACAUCUCUUUGGGCUAUUUAUUUCUGUUUUUGGCAACAGAUGAAGAGAUUUAUUUUAAAAGAAUCUAUUUUGGAGGAGGGGCAAAAAGAAAAAGUCCUCAACCAUAAGUCUCGGAGUCACAUUAGAAGUGUCAGCUGUUAAGAUUCCCUGUCCUUAGAACGUUUCCAUGUUUUUAAGCUGAAGUUGUGGGUGUCACAUCCUCUGUUUUCCUGAGUGAUUCUUCUUUUCUCUGUCCCCAACUCUACAAGCCUGUGGAGUGAUGAUGUCUCUCCCUGAAACACUGAGGUACUUCAGAACAAGAUGAGAGAGACCUGAGUCCGCUCAGGUCACAUGGGUGAGAAGGCCGAGCCUCUGCUCUCGCAUGCCCUGGAUGACGCCUGCUCUCUGCUCAGGACACCACACAGGCAGGCGCAGCUCCCAGCAGGCAUGCUCCCUUCUCUCUUCAUCCAAGAAAGACCCAUUAGCCCAGUGUCCGUGGCAGAAAUCAAAGGAUUUAAGGCACAGAAAGUCCUCCUCAGAUAUAAUCUGCUUUCCAAGAUGCAAGUGGAUGCCCAGCUAGGUACCCAGCUGUAAAACAGGUGACCAAAAGCAGAAUCCCACCCUUCCCCUCCCUCCUGCCCCGUCCUUUGCUGCUUCCACACAGUAUGAAAACCCCAUAGUUGUAGGCAUGUGCCAGCAAGGAACAGAUCUGUGCCAUCGCCCCACCCUCCUCUGUACUCGCCAGCCAGGUCACUACUCCAGGCUCUGUGGCAAGGCCCUCUGUGGCUUUCCUACAGAUCUGGCCUCACCCAGUUUCAGUAUCCACCAAAGGCGAGCCACAAGGGUACCCCCACACAUGUCACCAUCUGCUCAACAUUAGACCCUGACACUCUGCUAAGCUAACUUCCCUGCAGGCCCCAGUGUUCAGUUUUCCAAGGGAAAGCAGUGCUCCCUAGGAAGGUAGUGGUACCCAUGUGGACGGCUUCUCUGGUCUUUAAAAGCACUCCAGUGGGCAUGCUGUCAAAGACACAAGAUGUUUCCUAAAACAGAAGGUUGAGUCAGGAAGUCAACCAACCUUCCGUAGAGGCAGCCACUCCAAAGGCCCUAGCAAAGAAGGAUGUUCUAGGAUGCUUAGCCCCUGGGAAGAGAGGAAAGUGAUGGCCACUGGGACCCCACAGCCAGCCUUGGGUGUUUCUUGCUCAUUUGCAGAGAGGGGUAGACAAAGAAGCAAGCUAGCCCUGUCUUCAGCACAACUGUGUACUUCGGGUUUUGAAAUGACAGUUGCUAGGGCAGCAUAAAUGUUAUACAAUUCAAGUGACUCUCCACCCUGCAGUGUUGUCUCCAGAGAAAAGCCUACAGCCACCCUAACCCACCUAAACAGGUCAGGCCCAUCCUUCUGUGACUAGCCUCCUCUUCGCAAUCUGGAAAUUUUAAGGAAGGGAAAAGAUUGUGCCCAUGUUGGUCAGCAAACCCUGAAAGGGCAGCUGCUGUGUAAAAGUCACCAACAACAAGCCUGUCCCCACAGCUGGCUUUUAAGGUUGCUUCCAGAGGGUUCCUGCAGCCAGGAGCCUAGGGCAUACCUCCAAGUGAGCAAAUGUGGACUUCCUGUGAGCAGAACUGUGGCCCUCUCACCUAGGUCUUGGUGGCAUUGGGUACUACCCAGUCUUCAGGAGCACUCUGCUAACUUGGCAGCUGUGCUCUCCAGACAGACCUAGCCAGCGAGAACCUACUGGGUCUCUGUAGGACUGAGAGAUCUGAGGUCCAGUAGGUCCCACAGCUCCUGACCUGGAGGUCCUAGAGUCAGCCUCCAAAAUCAUUAGUCCCAUCUCCCAGGCCAUGUCUGCCCUGGUCUCCCUCCCUUCUGCAACUGCCCCAGGGCAGACUAGCAGAGCUGGCCUCUAACCCCACACCUCAGCUGUGACCGUCACCAUGGCAACAUGCAGUGCUGUCUCCUCCCCGUUGGAGUCUUAGGCAGGUGGGACACUUCCCACAGGUCAGACUCAGUGUGGUGGUGAGCGCCCUCUAUGGUGGAAGUGCUGAAGAGGCUUCACCUGCUACUCUACCCACCAAACACUUGCAUUGGCAGGAGUUGGCUGACUGCAUCCUAAGGAUGGCAUUGGCUUUCUCUGUGGCCUCUGACAUGCAGUUGUAAAUAAGGCAUGGGUAAACCAAGACUGAUCUUUUGUAGAUGCAAUAAAUAUAUUUCACACAGUCACAAUGGGCAGAAGGUUAAAUGCUCCUUCCCUCCCUCAGAGCUGAAGCUGUGAGGAAAAAGGGGGAGAGGGGGCAGAACUGGGAAGGUCUGGCCAGGGAAGUGCCUGCUUCUGCCAGCAGGCCUCAUACUUUGUGGGGACUGAACCUGAGGAGAGGAAUGAAAGCUAGAACUUUCUUGUAAUUUGAAACUUGGCAAUAAAAAGCAAAACCAAUGGCCCAGGAGUGUGGCCUGC